UCCUUUUAUAAAUAGUGUAGCCAUGAAAACCCUCCAUUUCCAAGCAACCUCUAAAAAAAAUAACCUUAAUAUUUCUCAAGCUUUUUCUUGCUUGCCUUUUCCUUCAUCUCUUCUAGCAUCAAAUUAUCAACCAUCGGAUCGAUGUUCAAGUUCUAUUGAAUUUAGAUCCGAUGGUACACUAAAGAGUACCUCCAUUUACCCCUAUCUUUGGUCAUUAAGUUAUAAUACCAGGUAUAGCUCGUAACAAAUCUAUCCUCUUUCUACUAGCUUUCAAAAGGGCUAGUUGAAAGCUUAACGCACCCAACAUAAAUAGCAAUUGAGAGUCGGACGAUCUGAUUCUACCUAGUGACGAAUUAAACUAAACCAAGAAAGAAACCCUAGUUUUUGAAGACUAACCACUCUCGACACCUUUUUAUCAGAUUUCAUCAUUCUGCUAGUUGGUGUUGUUGACUCAAAGAGCAUACGACGGUUCUUUCACAACAUAAGUAUCAAGAAAUGGACAAGGUACAACGAAUGGCAUCGGAUCACGGGGUAGUGAUCUUCAGCAAGAGUACAUGUUGUUUAAGCUAUGCUGUCACUAUACUAUUUCGAGAUCUUGGUGUUGAUCCAUAUGUGCAUGAACUUGAUCAUGAUUCUGAGGGAAAAGAUAUGGAGAAAGCUCUUAUGAGGAUGGGUUGUAAUGCCUCAGUUCCAGCAGUUUUCAUUGGGGGGAAAUUAGUAGGAUCAACAAAUGAAGUUAUGUCUCUUCAUCUUAAAGGAUCCCUAAUUCAACUUAUCAAGCCUUAUCUCCCUGAUUAAAACAAAUAAUUUGAGAGUUGAAGAGUGGAAAUAUUAUUCUCCUUUUAAGGAAAUAAAGAAAACUAUGAAUUAGGAGGAAAUUAAUGAAAUUAAAAGAUUAAGGUAACAACUUACAAACGAAUAAAAGUUAGUGGCUUGAUCGACUGACACUAGUCAUGUAGAUCAAGGUCAUGGUAGUAUAUGAAUGUUGUAAUAGCUAGUAGUUUUGUGAUUAUAUGUACUUUGUGAGAUAUUAAUUUACCCUAAUUAGUCAUUUGAUUA